UUCAUGUAAACACUCCUCCAACAUGCGGCUGUUUCGCUGGUGUGAAACUAGAAGUCAUUCUGGCUCCUCUACGUCUAUAAAUCAGUGUUUCCAGUAUGUGACGUCAGAGAAAUGAGUUUAUUAUUUUAAACAAUCAGAAAAUUCGAUUAAAAAAGGAAGAAAAGAAGUGAAGUUAUCCAGCAGGAGGAUGGAGGUGGAGGGCCGGGAUUUCCUGAACACUCCACCCAUGAAAACGGUCCGGUUCGGGGGGAAGGUGGCGGAGACCCUGGAGAAACUGAAACAGGGCGACGGCAGUGAUUAUGAACUCCUGAAGCAUCAGCUGGCUGAUCCAGACAUCAAGGACGCUCAGAUCAUCAACUGGCUGCAGGAGUUUCGGAGCUGCAUGACGCUGCUGACCAAAGACCACGAGCAGCUCAUUUACACCGUGCUGAGGCUUCCGUGGGUCGGCCGCAGCCAGGAGGUGGUGGACGAGUUCCUGGGCUUCCUGGCUAACCUGGUGUCGGCACAGACCGUGUAUCUGUGCAGCUGUCUGAAGAUGGUGGUGUCCCACUUCACGCCCAAGAGAGUGACGGUUUCUGAGGGAGGGGUGGAUAUCUCGGAUUCAGACGAUGAAGAGGAGGAUCUCCCCAGAAGCUUCGCCCAGAGUCACCAGGCGCUGCAGCUCAUCAUCAGAUACGUUCCCUCGACCAGUCGCUUCCUGAUGCCCAUUCUCCAGGACAGCUUCCCCUUCAUCCAGAAAUCCUCCAGAACCCUGGAGUGUUACGUCCACAACCUGCUGAGGCUAACGGUCUACAUCCCAUCCAUCCGACGGGACGUCCUGGAGCUGAUCGUUGGGAAGCUUCUGAAACUGGAUGUCAGCGUGUCGCGGGCGGACAUCGAGGAGCAGGAGGAGAACGCAGCCCAGAAGCUCCCAGAGGACGGCCUCUUUGACAUGGAUGAGGACAUGUCUUUGGAUCCGCGGCCGGGCGGCGGUGCCAUGGCCCAUCCGGUGGCGGAGAGGCUGGACAGCCUGAUGGUGGUGCUCCUGGCCUACAUCCGAGACGUCUGCCAUGUUGACGGUUUGUUUCACGCGGAUCGGACCAAAGAUCUGUACCGAGAUCUGCUGAGCGUGUUUGAUAAGCUGGUGCUGCCCACCCACGCCUCCAGUCACGUCCAGUACUCCAUGUUCUACCUCUGCAGCUUCAAACUGGCGCUGGCCGAGGCUUUCCUGGACCACCUGUGGAAGAUCCUGCAGAACCCAGCUCAGCCCGCCGUCCUGCGCCAGGCUGCAGCCGGAUACCUGGGCAGCUUCCUGGCCCGGGCCAAGUUUGUCCCCGUGCUGACGGUCAGGGCCUGUCUAGACCUGCUGCUCACCUGGAUCCACGCCUACAUCGACGGGCAGGACAGCAGCGGCAGGCAGGUGGUCUGUGACAUCAGCCUCCACGGGCCGUUCUACGCCGCCUGCCAGGCCGCGUUCUACACGCUGGUCUUCAGACACAGAGCCAUGCUGGAGGGCAACAUGAAGAAAGGUCUGGAGUAUCUGCAGAGUCUGAACCUGGAGCGGGUCGUCAUGUCGCAGCUCAACCCGCUCAAAGUCUGCCUGCCCUCUGUCACCAGCAUGUUCGCCGCCGUCACCAGGAAGUACCAGGUGGUUUUCUGCUACACCAUCAUCGAGCGGAACAACAGGCAGGUUCUGCCGGUGGUCCGCAGCUCAGCAGGAGGAGACGGGGUCACCGCCAUCACCAACCCUCUGGACAGCUUCUUCCCCUUCGACCCCUACCUGCUCAGACGGUCGGGUCAGCUGAUUGAGCCGCUCUAUCAGGUCUGGGAUGAAGUAGCAGAAACCAGUCUGCUUCCAGCUAGAACGGCCCAGCAGGGCCUGAAGGACGACGAAGACGACUUUCUGAGUGGGGAGACGCCGCACGGCGAUGCCAUGCUGGGAAUGACGCCCAGCUCCUUCGACUCCAACAUCUGCAGCCCCAGCGGCGUGGGUUCCCCCCCCAUCCCCCACAGGUUUUAAUCCGUCACGGUCGGACGGAGCAAACUGGUUUUAUUUGGAGUGAGAACGUUGGUUCUGCUGGACGGAGGCGGGCCGCAGAUGGACCAUAAAACAUGUCCGCCUCAUGGCGCUGCAGCAGCGCCGUCCCUCUGGAGCUACAGAACCGCAGCAGGACUCUGAUGCUGCGGAGAACAAACCCGGUU